ACUCGGCGUAUCCUCUUUGCGAGAUUUAGAACCUGAUUGCUGCGCUAGCCUUUUGGCGAAGCUCCAAAAGGAGGAGGUUUUUACAGGAUUACUGCUUGAUGGCGGUCUGGUUAUCACAACCCGUUCCGCUGUGCCUUCUAAAGAGGCAGCAGCAGGCUUGCAUUUGCUGGCGUUCUCGGCUCCCGUUUUACGCAAGAACAAGAGAGGAGCUCACGCGACGGCUCAGCUGAUUUGCGCACCCAAACCUCUAUCUCCAGAGAGGGCAUUUGGAACAAAUGAGGCGCUCGGUGUUACAAUCGUUGCAUGCGAACACCUGUCCUGUGGAGAGGAACAUGCCUCAGUCGCGUGCAAUGUCUCGUCAUUGUCUCGAAGUCUUGGAAUCGGCUCGAAUGCGGUUCUGCUCGUCUAUUACUUCACUGCUCUACGUCUUCCACGAGGAAACGCGUCAAAGAUAUCUUCUGAGAGCAUGCCACCCACUGCUCUUUCAUGGAACCUGAAAAAGGGUCGCAUAAUGGAACCCCACGAUUCCGAAGUGGCCUCGAAUCCGGUGGAAACACGCAAAAUCGGUAUUCAGUUUUCUCGCUCUCGCUCUUUUCUGUCAAGCAAAAAUGACAAGUCAGGUGGCCAGCGUGACUUGGUAGUGCCAAGCUGUGUUUUGUUCAACAACGAUGGUGAAGUUUCCUCCAUCGUGGACCAUGACGCAUUAAGCAAGGCGCAAGCUCAUGCUACGCCUAUGAGUGCGAUUCUUGAGUGGAUUUUAAGUAUGUAUGACAUGACUGGCACCAGCAUAAGGCUUCCUCCCAUCGGCUUUCCCAACGAAAACGUCACCAGUGAGCAUAUCUUGCCAGAAGCAGCAGUAGAGGAGCGGCUGACGGAAUCAGUACCAGUGACUAGUUACGACGCCACCCCAGAAGCUGCAUCUGACUCUGUGCCUUGUUCCUUGAACACAAGCGUGGAGCAAAGGGUUGAAGAUUCGGUGGAGGGUGAUUCAUCAGCUCCUGAUGCUGUGAAUGCAAGUUCACCAACCGAUCAAGUUAACGAGACCAAUGUCACUGCAAGCUCUGACACUGGCCUGGGUGCUGCUAACUCAACAGGUGAUGAUGUGGAAUGCCAUCCUGUGGAAGUGACUUCUACUAAUCAGAUGGCGGCGGAUGACGUGGAGAGUGCUCAUGUCGACAUCAUUGCUCCCAUGCAAUCCGCUGAGAAGCAGAAGCUGACUCAUGACGAGCUCAAAGCACGCAUAAUGGGUUAUGGCAACACGAGUGGUUUGAUGAAGAGACAGAGUGCUCGAGCAGACGUUUCCAGGCAUGCGGAACUAGCUAAUAUAGCAGCUGGAGUGCAGAUAUUGUCAGGUGGGCCAAAAGAAACCACCUCCAACAGCUCCUCUGCAAAAGGGAGAGGUUCUGAGGGUGGCUUCAUUGGGGAGACAGGCAGCACCUCACGUAAGCCCGCACUUUGGCGAUUCGGAUCGACAGGGCAGCACGCAGCUGCAGCCACAGCAGCAUCAGAUGGAGCAGGCCACGAGGGAGUCUCUCAGAAUUCUGCAUUGAAGAAUCUGUCAUCCCUGCAGAUGAUCGUUGCUGCUCCUGUAGCAGCAUUUGUCGAACUGGGGUCAAAAAUGAGUGGUGCAAUGGUGGAUCUUGGUGGUGCAUUCAGGAGAAACCAGGAGAAUGAUGACCACAUGGCUGAAAUGAGUGAAUUGGACAGGAAGAAGCUACAGGAACAAGAGGUGCGCAGACAAGAUGCAUACAAAAAUGCUGCUGCAUCCCUCUUUAAAACGAGUCACCAUCAGGAGAGGCUAUCUACCCCAGACCCGCAAGCCCUCCCACCUGAUAUGGAGCACCCUGAAAACGGUUCAUGCCUGGACCAAGUUGCUGACGUUGAGGUUGAUGAUGCAAAAGGCUUGGAGUCACAAGCGAGUGCAGAGGAUGGUUGCAGCGUUCUGUUUGGAGCAAAACAAGGUGAUGAGAAGGAUGGAGAUGGUUCCAGCAAAAGGAAUGGGGCCGCUGAGGUUAGUGGGGAUGGGGUCAGUGAAGGGAGAAGACCAUGUGAGCUGGAUGGAGGUGCCUAUGCGUGUGAUCAUUCAACAGCCUUGAGCGGAAGCCUCAGCAUGGAGUUGUCCAAAGAGUUGAAGGGCGAGCACUCGUCAGAGAUUGUUGUCGGUGCGAGAUCCAGUGACGGGUCAAGCAAAUCAAGUGAGCAGUCCAGCCACAGCCACGCCAGAGACAGCACCGGCAGCAGCAGCUCCACCGACCAUGUCAAAGAGAAGUGGCCUCUUGCCACCCAAACGAGCGCUGGUGGUAGCACCUCCAUGGGCACACGGCGCCCACGGGUCAUAUUGGAUGACCACUGGUGGAAAACAAAGCUGGUCAGUGAGGAGCCAGGGCGCCGUUUGGUGGCUGCUCAGCUAGCCAGGGAGGCAAUGCUGAUGCGAGGGGGGUCAGGUAAUGUCUCUCGGCUGGAGGGGCGCAUUGGGGGACUGGAGGCGCCUACUCCUCUUGCUUCACGUUCCAACUCAGGAGUCCCACCUACCAUAAGGAAGGGAGCCAUCACAACAGCUCUGCAUGACAAAGGAACAGAUGUGGCUCAGGGCUCCAAUGCUGAAGGUUCCGAGCCUGAGGGGGAAGGAGAAGAUAAGUCUGAUGGAGCUGAUGGUGCCUCUCAGCGCCUUGCUGAGAAGCGUGGAACUGACCCACCAGGGGGUGCUGCUGAUGGGGCGAGUGCAUGCAUGGACAAGCCGUUGGAUGAUGUUGGUGGUAGUGAUGGCAUUGGAUUGCAUGGAGCGCAAGGGAACCAUUUAGUGGGCAAAGGAUCUGCAGCAACAAUGUUGGGUAAGGUUGAAGUCACGUUAUCCAGCUCCCCUACUCAGGCUGAAGUGCAGGCACUUCAGCAGCCAUCCCAGACUGCAACUGCCAAUCAGGACCCCUGGGCGAGCAAGGCGGAGCACAAGACCCCAGUGAAGGCAGUCCCUCCUCCAGUGGACAAGCGGCUGCAGUCAGGCUUUGACGGGCUCAUGCAGGCAAUUGAGUCGCUGGCCACCAUGAGUGUUUCCCGCUCUCCUGGAGCCAAGCCAUGGGCCUCAAGCAACCGAGGAACAGACAAGGGAGUUAAAAGCCAGAACACGCAGUCCUCAAGCCCCGUGCUGGCAUAUGACGGAGCAGUGACCAGUCAGGGGAAGCGCCAAACUGAGCCGAGCCAAGCUGCAGCUGGGGCAACAAGACAACCAGCAAUGUUUCCAAACACUCCAGGCGCUUCAACCGGUCACAGGCUCCCUGCUGCAUCACCAGAGCACACUCAAGAGUACGCUCACAGAGCAGGGGUGCUGAGCUUGCAGCAGCAGGCAGCGUGGCUGUGGGACAGUGCACAGCACAUGGCUGCAAGGGGCACAAGGGCCAGCUCUGCAUCAAGCGAUGGGGACUCCCAGGCCAGAGGUAGCGGUAUAGAGCGUGACAGGCCGCAUCCAUUCCCGCCGGUCCAACUGCGUUCCGCGUCCCCCGGACGUUCCCACCGUCCUUCGUCCCGUCUCGUCGUUUGCGCAUCUUCCCGUCGCGGCGGAUCCCGACCUGCGCCGCGCGGGUUUUCCGCGCGCGAGGCGAUGCGCGGAGGGGUGGACUCGGAGGGGCGACAGUAUGCGUCGGCGGACGAAAUGUGGCGGCAGGAGACGGGGGAGCGCGCAGUGAGCGCGGGGGAAGGGGGAAGCGGGGAGGGCGCAAUGGAGGCGGAAAUGGGCGGGAAGAAGCGCGAAUGGUACGACAAGGGCGUCAAAUACUGGGAGGGCGUGGAGGCGAGUGUGGACGGCGUGUUGGGGGGGUACGGCUCGGUGAGCGCAACAGACGCGGCGGGCAGUGCGGCGUUCCUGCAGGAGGUGUACGGCGCACAGCUCGACGCUGCCCGCUCUCAAGGCCGCCCGCUUGUCGCUCUGGACUGUGGAGCGGGCAUAGGGCGAGUGACCAAGGAGUUCCUACUGCACGUAUUCAACGAGGUGGAUCUAGUGGAGCCGGUGCGGCACUUCAUAGAUGCCGCCCGACACCACCUCACCUCGCCACCCUCCUCUGCUGCCUCACCUGCCGCCUCCCACCGUGCCGUCAACUUCUUCUGCUGCCCGCUCCAGGUGCUGCCCGCUCCAGGUGCUGCCCGCUCCAGGUGCUGCACGCUCCAGGUGCUGCCCGCUCCAGGUGCUGCCCGCUCCAGGUGCUGCCCGCUCCAGGUGCUGCCUUCCCAGGUGCUGCCUUCCCAGGUGCUGCCUUUCCAAAGUAAACCCGCCUUUCUGCGUGUUACUUAA